AUUCUACUUCGGUCGCUGUAGCGGACGUGACUCUCCAGUACUUGUGAUAAAGCAGAUUUGACGCGGAGGACUUGUCCCCUUGUUGCUGUUCUCGUGUUCACGAACGGACUUCGAUCGACAACUUAGUUCAUCGGGCCCAGAGAAUUGGAAACUUUACCUAAUUCCUAAUGAAAGGGUAUCUUGCUGCAUAGAGGGACUUUGAACUAGGCAAAUCCAGUGUGGCUUACUUGUUAAAGAUGACAAUGACAUCACAGAAACGUUUCCGCCACCACCACGAUAACAACGCCGCUGCUCGUUUUAGAGACUUACCUCCUCGAUUCAAACGCCAGAAAUCAUCGUCGUCACCAAAACCUGCGACAGAAACAGAUCCAGUAGACCAGGAGAAUGAAUAUUGUAGGUCGUCACCGGCAUUUCGUUCCGUUUCUCCACAGUUGAAUCAGAUUUCUAUUGACAGUUCGCACUACACACACUCUCCGAAUUGCGAGAGUGCGCCUUACACACACACGCCAAACUGUGCCAUGAAGCAACCGCUGAGGACGUACAACAGACCUGACCCACAGGCGUGGUCUCCCAACACUAAGGAAGACGCCUUGCUACAUGUGGACACUUCCAUGCUGAAGUAUGCACUCAGAGGUUCGCACGCCGGGGAGUACCUGGUACCACCAAGUUACUGCACCCCUCCCCCGUCGCCCUGGGGGAUAGACAACGGUCAGAACAACAGUACAAGCGACGUUCUUUUACCGUCAGAAAUAUCUACAUACCCCUCCAGCCUCCAGUCUAGUCCUGCACUUGUGGACAGUCGUGACAUCAUGUCGCCAUACCUCGAGAUGGCAAGAACGCCUUACGAAGAUGUGUGGGUGGAUGACCCGCUGAUAGAGGGGAGCCCCGUGGAACCGAAUACCCAAACUGUGACAAAUCAGAACUCCCCGGCAAAGGAAAAUGAGGAAAAGCGUUCAGUUGACCUCUCAGACCCGGACAUAAGGACAAUCGAAAUGCUCCGCGAGCUGGAAAGAGUUGCUGAUCAGAAAGAAAAGGAAGACGAGUCAGAUUCUGGAGUUGACAGGAAGAACCUGGUGUCUCACCACCUGCGGAUGCUGAUGUGUGCUGUGGACCGCUACACCGCCGACAUAGAGGAGGACAACCACACUUCUCAAGUGGCCAAAGAAGAUUCCAGACCUCCAAGUGUAGAUGUUACCCCUGCGACCUCCGUGCGGAGCCCCCCAGGGCGGACAGACCCCGUCAAGUCAAACGGGUGGACUGUUAAACAGUCGAAGAAACAGGCAAAUGCUGCCAGAGAGCUGCCUCAAAGAAAGAACGGAGUCUUGCAGGGGUCGAAGAUGGAAAAUAUGCAAGUUCCGAAACCUUCAGUCGAUGGUACCUGGUCAGCAGACACGCGUCAGGUUCAAAACCAGUCCAGAAACAACCAGUGGUCAGGCAUGGCUGGACAGUCUCGGCCGCUGUAUAACGAGUACUGGACCGUGAGCAGCCCGCCUCCAGCACAGGGUGGCAUGUUGCUUCCCAUGAUGAGCCCGACUAAAGUGCUAUCGACACCACCACCACCUUCGCUGUCGACACCGCCACCACCAACACGGCAGAUUCUGUCAACCCCCAGCAGGACUCCCUCUCCCCAUCCCCCACCCGCCCCCCGAGCCAUCACCUCGGCCAAACCUGCGACACAGCAAGCUACGACACACCUGACUGGUGGCUUUGUCGUCAACUCUUGUCAUAGAGCAGCAGUUUUCCCGUCAGCAGCCCAAACAGUCGUCAAUGGCAACAGUAUCCAGCAACUGCAACCAGAGCCAGUGUGGGGUCCUCUCUACCCAGGCGCGUGGUCCGAGUCGGACGGCACCGGUUGGAACAUCUGGUCGAGUCCUUCCUUCUUCAAUGUCUCCGGGCCGGCGGAUUACGUGGGCAUGGCCAAGGAGAGGAAACCAUUGUACAAGCGAUAAACUUUCACUUUUUCUUUGAUAUUGUAAGUUAUUAUGGAAGCCCUUUUUUUUUCUCUUUUCCCCAUACUUAAAUGGUUUUACUGCUACGAUUGCGAGUCGUGGGAUUCAUGAAUGUGGCUCAGUCUUUUAAAUGUUUGUUAUUUUUUGAAAAAUGUAACAUGGAGUAUGAACAAACAAUUAAGCCCUCUUCCGUAGUCGACGGCGUAAAAGUGUCUUGCAGCUCCGGCACAUGACGAUUACUUGUUCUGAGAAUGUUGUUUCACAUGAAGAAGUUGUGACUGAGCAGCAAUGUGUAAAGUGUAAAUGUGUAGUGUUGAUGGUAUAUAUAUAUAGAGAGAGUAAUUGAA